AGCCAACUGCGCGCCCGUCGGUCGGCCGGUCAGUGCGCGUCCUUCGACUCCAUGGCGCUCCUCGUGCGGCUGCUGUCCCUUGCCCUGGCGAUGACUCUGGGCCCGGCCACGACCCUGGCGGGACCCUCCAAGUCGCCCUACCAGCUGGUGCUGCAGCACAGCCAGCUCCGGGGCCGACAGCACGGCCCCAACGUGUGUGCUGUGCAGAAGGUCAUUGGAACCAACAAGAAAUACUUCACCAACUGUAAGCAGUGGUAUCAGAGGAAAAUCUGUGGCAAAUCAACAAUCAUCAGCUAUGAGUGCUGUCCUGGAUAUGAAAAGGUCCCAGGAGAGAGGGGCUGUCCAGCAGCUCUGCCGCUCUCAAACAUUUAUGAGACCCUGGGAGUUGUUGGAUCAACCACCACCCAGCUGUACACGGACCGCACGGAGAAGCUGAGGCCUGAGAUGGAAGGGCCCGGCAGCUUCACCAUCUUCGCCCCUAGCAACGAGGCCUGGGCUUCCUUGCCAGCUGAAGUGCUGGACUCCCUCGUGAGCAAUGUCAACAUAGAACUGCUCAAUGCCCUUCGCUACCACAUGGUGAACAGGCGAGUGCUGACGGAUGAGCUGAAACACGGCACGUCCCUCACCUCCAUGUACCAGAAUUCGGACAUCCAAAUCCACCACUAUCCCAAUGGGAUCGUAACUGUCAACUGUGCUCGGCUGCUGAAAGCCGACCACCAUGCCACCAAUGGUGUGGUGCACCUCAUUGACAAGGUCAUCUCCACCAUCUCCCACAACAUCCAGCAGAUCAUCGAAAUCGAGGACACCUUCGAGACCCUUCGGGCUGCCGUGGCUGCAUCAGGGCUCAACACCCUCCUCGAAGGUGAUGGCCAGUACACGCUCUUGGCCCCGACCAAUGAGGCCUUCGAGAAGAUUCCUGCUAAGACCUUGAACCGGAUCCUGGGUGACCCAGAGGCCCUAAGAGACUUGCUGAACAACCACAUCCUGAAGUCAGCCAUGUGUGCAGAAGCCAUCAUGGCGGGGCUGACUGUGGAGACACUGGAGGGCACCACACUGGAGGUGGGCUGCAGUGGGGACAUGCUCACCAUCAAUGGGAAGCCCGUCAUCUCCAAUAAAGACAUCCUGGCCACCAAUGGUGUUAUCCACUUCAUCGAUGAACUGCUCAUCCCAGACUCAGCCAAGACACUAUUUGAGUUGGCUGCCGAGACUGAUGUUUCCACAGCCGUUGACCUUUUUAGACAAGCUGGCCUCGGCACUCAUCUGUCCGGAAACGAGCGGUUGACUCUCCUGGCCCCCCUGAAUUCUGUAUUCAAAGAUGGAACCCCUCGCAUCAACGCCAACACAAAGAAUUUACUUAUGAACCAUCUGAUUAAAGACCAGCUGGCCUCCAAGUAUCUGUACCAUGGACAGACCCUGGACACUCUGGGUGGAAAAAAACUGAGAGUUUUUGUUUAUCGUAAUAGCCUGUGCAUCGAGAACAGCUGCAUCGCCGCCCAUGACAAGAGAGGGAGGUACGGGACCCUGUUCACCAUGGACCGGAUGCUGACCCCCCCAAUGGGGACCGUCAUGGAUGUCCUGAAGGGAGACAACCGCUUUAGCAUGCUGGUAGCCGCCAUCCAGUCUGCAGGGCUUACAGAGACCCUCAACCGUGAAGGGGCCUACACCGUCUUUGCUCCCACAAAUGAAGCCUUCCAAGCUAUGCCACCAGGAGAACUGGACAAACUCUUGGGAAAUGCCAAGGAACUUGCCAACAUUCUGAAAUACCACAUUGGUGAGGAAAUCCUGGUUAGUGGAGGCAUUGGGGCCCUGGUGCGGCUGAAGUCUCUCCAAGGUGACAAGCUGGAAGUCAGCUCGAAAAACAAUGAAGUGAAUGUCAAUAAAGAACCUGUUGCUGAAACUGACAUCAUGGCCACAAACGGUGUGGUCUACGCCAUCACCAGUGUCCUGCAACCUCUAGCCAACAGACCUCAGGAACGAGGGGAUGAACUUGCAGACUCUGCACGUGAAAUCUUCAAACAUGCAUCGGCAUUUUCUAGAGGUCCCCAGAGUUCCGUGCGAUUAGCCCCUGUCUAUCAGUGGUUAUUAGAGAGAAUGAAGCAUUAGCAUUAAGGAUCACAGGAGGAAUUUUUCUUCAGCAGCUCCCCACCAAUUUCCAAUUUUCCUCACUUUGCCAAAGAAGACUGAAUGCUUUUGAAACCAAAUAUCACACUUCAAUGUAGAUGGGCCACACCAUAACAGGAUCUGAGCCUUGCAGGGGUGGGGGGAGGAGGGAGGGAUAUACUUUUGAUUUUCCCCCUAAACGUGGCUAUCAAACCAUUGUAUUUGGAGACCUGAUAUCGCUGCCUGACAUUCACUCCCAGAAAAAGCCUGUCCCAAACAUGGAGCUUCCCAUCUAUGCCAAGUAUUCUGGAAAAGGAAGCCAUGAUUUUGUGAAGCUCACAAAACAUGAAUUAAGCAAUCAAGCAUGAUUUAAAAGUCCUGGCAUGGUUUCUGUAAAGCUCUUUCAGUUGGGCAAAUGGCAUCAUUAUAAGCUAUGAGUUGAACUGUUCCAUCAAAUGUGUCUUAUGUCUACAUAUGGUCUGGAUGCUUCUAUGUGGCCUUGUCCAGUAGAAAAGAUGGGAUUUGUAGAGCAGACAGGGGCCCAGAAUUUCCCAAGGAAAAGUGUGGCAGAGCCAUGGUGUUUGUGAUAAUAAAACCAAAGAAAUAUAUGUGCUGUGUGGACAAUAA